UUUUUUUUUUUACUUCUAUUUAUCCCUUUUUAUAUAUCAUGGAUAAUACUUCAAAAUGGUUUUAUAUAAAGCAUGUUUCUACUCAAAAAGUGAUAUCAAUUUGUUCAAAUAAUGGUGAUUAUAUUAGAUCACAAGUCAUUGUUAAAGAUCCUAAUUAUACUGAAGAUGAGUUAUGGUGUUGGGAAAGCAAUUAUUUAAAGAACAAAAAGACAGGGCUUGUAUUAGAUAUUCGCAAAGGUAAACUUCGUUUAAUCGAAGAUACCGAAAUUUGCUUGUAUAAUCAAAAGCCUCUCGACAAAGCAAAAAACCAACUAUGGGCAGUUCAAACAGAUAUUACAGUUAUAAAUGAAUACCCUCAUCCAUUAUCUGAAAAAACAUCCUUCUUUGAAGUCAUUAUUUAUUCCCUUUACAAUAGCGAUUGGGUUCUUGAUAUUAGUCCUGACGACGACACAAAAUUGGUUUUAUUCCCCUAUCAUCCAGAUCAGCAGCAAAGAUGGUACUUUAUGCCCGAAAAAGAGACACUACAUCCUACAAAGGAACCCCACCUUUUAUUUAAUAAUGAAUCAAUCUCAUCUGAUUUACUAUUAGUAGAAGAAUAUUAUCAUUAUCCCCGUAGUUAUUCCAAUUCCUCUAUUUCAACUCUAGAAGAUUAUAACAUUACAAAUUUUGCAUAUGGACUUACACCAGCCAAACGAAGAAAUUCUUCAUUUUCAAAUCGAAAAGGGAUUUGAGUAAAUUAGAGCUUCUUUGUCAGUUUUGUAUUAUUUAUUCUUUUACAAAUCUAUAUACAUACAUAGAAAUUUAUACCAUUCCUAUGUAAACUAAUUUAAUAGACACAUGUUGUAGUAAACUUUUUUUUUUUUAUUAUUUAAUCUAACUUUAAAAAACAAUCUGCCUUUUUGUUUGUGUAAAAAAAAU